GUUAACAAAAUACAAGGACUGCAACAUCAAAUUAAUGAAAAGUCUUUCGUUUAAACUUUGAAACUUCGCUUAACAAAUCGAUCCCCCCUCUUCUCUCUCUAUCUCUCUCAUCUCCGUUUCGUCCCUCUCUACAAGGUUUUCGCUAGUGGUGUCAAAUAUCAAUUAGCCAUCAAUCAUGUCUCUGAGGCCAAGCGCAAGGACCGAGGUUCGUCGGAACCGUUACAAGGUGGCUGUCGAUGCGGAGGAAGGAAGGCGGCGGAGGGAGGACAACAUGGUUGAGAUCCGUAAGAACAAGAGGGAAGAGAACUUGCUUAAGAAGCGUCAAGUACUUUCGUCGUCUCAGCCGCUGUCAAGUGGUGUUCCGGUCCAAACAUCAACCGUUGAGAAAAAGUUAGAAAGUCUUCCUUCCAUGGUUGCUGGAGUUUACUCCAAUGAUAACAAUCUGCAGCUGGAGGCAACUACUCAGUUUCGUAAACUGCUUUCCAUAGAAAGAAGCCCACCAAUUGAGGAAGUUAUACAAUCUGGAGUUGUACCUCGUUUUGUCGAGUUCUUAAUGAGGGAAGAUUUCCCACAGCUUCAGUUUGAAGCUGCUUGGGCACUUACAAACAUUGCCUCAGGAACAUCUGAAAACACAAAAGUUGUAAUCGAUUAUGGAGCAGUUCCAAUUUUUGUCAAGCUUCUAGCUUCUCCAAGUGAUGAUGUUCGCGAACAGGCUGUUUGGGCUUUAGGAAAUGUUGCUGGUGAUUCUCCUAGAUGUCGUGACCUUGUUCUUGGCCAAGGUGCUUUGAUUCCUUUGCUUUCUCAGUUAAAUGAGAAUGCUAAGCUCUCCAUGCUCAGAAACGCCACCUGGACUUUGUCUAACUUUUGUAGGGGAAAACCUCAGCCUCCAUUUGAACAGACAAGGCCAGCUCUUCCAGCACUUGAGAGACUUGUUCAUUCAAAUGAUGAAGAGGUGUUAACAGAUGCAUGUUGGGCACUCUCUUAUCUCUCUGAUGGAACAAAUGACAAAAUUCAAGCUGUGAUUGAUGCUGGUGUUUGUCAACGCCUUGUUGAGCUUCUCCUUCAUCCAUCUCCUUCAGUUCUCAUCCCUGCACUUCGAACUGUUGGCAACAUUGUUACAGGCGAUGAUAUCCAAACUCAGCAUAUUAUCGAGCGAGGUGCACUUCCAUGUUUACUAAGCUUGUUGACACAUAACCACAAGAAGAGCAUCAAGAAAGAAGCAUGCUGGACAAUUUCAAACAUCACAGCUGGAAACAAAGAACAAAUACAAACUGUAAUUGAAGCUGGAUUAAUUGCUCCAUUAGUCAACCUUCUUCAAACAGCUGAAUUCGAUAUUAAAAAAGAAGCUGCAUGGGCUAUUUCAAACGCCACUUCUGGUGGAACCAAUGAGCAAAUCAAGUAUUUGGUGAGUCAAGGGUGUAUAAAGCCAUUGUGUGAUCUUCUAGUGUGCCCUGAUCCAAGGAUUGUGACUGUUUCCUUAGAAGGGCUUGAGAAUAUUCUGAAAGUGGGUGAAGUGGAGAAGAAUGCUGGGAAUUCUGGUGAUGUUAAUUACUAUGCACAGUUGAUUGAUGAUGCUGAAGGGUUGGAAAAGAUUGAGAAUUUGCAAAGUCAUGAUAAUAAUGAGAUUUAUGAGAAAGCUGUUAAGAUACUUGAGACUUAUUGGUUGGAUGAGGAAGAUGAAGCUCUGAAUGAAGGGGAAGGUGAAAAAUUACCAAUGAAACCCUAUUGGGGUGUUUCGGUUCAGAUCCGAUGGGUGCCCACCUGUGGAAGCAAUCCCUCCUUGUAA